UAUAAUCCCGUUUGAUGAUGUAGGCAGCUAGCUGGCUAGCUUGUUUGUUGGCUACCGGCUUUGCGCCAGGAGUGAAGACCAAUCAAUCGCCGGCUGCCUUCACCGCUAGUUUUUGUGUACGGAGUGCUGCUGAGGCAGGGGAAAACGCACAGCGGUCACCGGUGACUGGACCUGGUGGCGUGAGAAACAACGUUAGCUAAUGCCGUCAAGUGUGUGGAGCAAUUUCCAGUCACCGGUACUGAAGCAAGGUGUUUGAAAUUACGCUGCCGAAAGUCGGCCCGGUUUAUAAUAGUAGACCGAUAUCUUUGUGGCUAGCCGGACAAGUGCUGCGCAAGGAUGUUGCAAGUGCUUGGCUGCGGCGUCGUGGUUUUCCCAGGUCUUUUCUUCCUUUUCCGAAAAGUGCUACCGUCCAUUUUCAAACACUGGACCGAUGCUGACGUUGUGCUUGUUAGUGAGAGGCUGGUGUCCUCAGUUCACGCCAUCAUGGCGACCACGGCCGGGGCCAUCGUGGUGUCCUCGUGCAGAGGCAAUGUGAUCAAUGACAGACAUUGGCUGGCCACCUACUUCGUCAUCUGGUACGGCGUGCCCUACAUGUCGUACGACAUCUUCGCGAUGUACCUCAGCCACUACUACCGCUUCCAGGUCAAGGGUCACGAGGAGUACAAGAGGCACUCGUGGAGGACGGUCAACUCCUUUGUGCGCCGCGAGUUCCUGCUGGUCCUGCACCACAUCGCCCUGCUCACCAUCCUGCUGCCGGUCACCCUGUUCCUCAGGAAAGACCAGGGAGAUUUCUUCAUCGGCUGCCUGUUCCUGACAGAGCUCAGCACCCCCUUUGUGUCUCUGGGAAAAAUGCUCAUCCAGCUGAGCCUGCAGGACUGCUGGGUGCACAAGGCCAACGGGGGCAUGGUGUUGCUGACCUUCUUCCUGUGUCGCAUCGCGCUCUUCCCCUACAUGUACUGGGUGUACGGCCAGCACUACGGCCUGCCCCUCCUCAGCGUGCCCUUCCACCUGCCCCUGGCCACCAACCUGGGCAACAUGUGCAUCAUGGCGCCCCAGGUCUACUGGUUCGUGCUGCUGGUUCGGAAGGGCUACCGCCUCUACAAGCGCUCGCGGAACUCCGGCCCGCCGUCGCCCGCCAUCGCCACAGCAGACAGCAGCGCCAAGGGGGACCAGUAGAGCCCAACCAUCACUUACACACACCUGGCACACCUAAUUCUCCCCCACCACCACCCACCAAAACCUGAUCGACCGACCGAUAGACCGACCGACCAACGACACCGACUCUUUCCUUGGGCACCAAGUCACGCCUACUGUUCCAGUACAGAUAGUGCUGCUACUAUUUACCGUAACUACUUCUUCUACUACUACUCUGAUCACUACUUAAAACUUACUACUGCUAAGACUGGUAGAAACUCUUUUUUUCUUUUUUGGCCGCUCCAAAAGAAAAAAAAAAAAAACAAAGACUUUGGUCACUUGCAGUGUUCAGCUGAGCUCCGACAAGAAAACACACACACAAAAAAAAUCUUUUUUGGGCGUCAGUUCUUGCCGCUUUUUUCGGCUUUACCGAUUGGCUCCUCUCUCGCUUGUUGCCAUGGAACUAAAGGGGUGAAACGGGGGUGGGGGGGGUCAUGGUAGAGAGAGAGAGCGGGCGGGCAGCAGAUGCCUCUCCACAGGAUUGGAGGCUGGCAGCAGCAGCGGCAGCAGCACUGGACAGCGCCUCCUAUCAUUCUGGAGGUCAAUUCUAGUAUCAGCUCUGCACCCCCCUCUCCUUUAUCGCCGAUGAACUACUGAUCUGAAGAGGCUGUUACAGUUUUAGACGAGUGAUUCUGGAUAAAUGGGUAUUUGAUUUGUUUGUUUUUUUUGUUUUUGUUUUUAAUGUCUGUUACAUUGAUGAGCCCUUUUGCCUCUCCUGUUUUGAUUCUUAUGAAGGAAGCUAAAAAUCUCGAGGGACGAGGUGUUGGAGUUUGGUGCGUCUGAAAUUUAGCUAUAUCAUUGGCUCAUUCACCUCACCCAUAAAUGUGAUUUAAACGCACAGCCGCACACACACAUACACACACACUUGUACACAUCGUACACAUAGAUUUACGCACCAUAGCACACCUCCAUUUCUUUCCUUAUUACCCCCCCGUCUGCUCUCCGUCCAAUGUCCUCACAGCACUUCUGUCCUCCUUGUUUACAAUCCAGCAAUGGUGUGGAUGUCAGCGUUUUUGUGUGCACUUCCUUGCUGCGACUGUUUACACUUUUUCAACAGAUUCCCUCCACCCCCUCCCCCUCUGAAACAUAAUAUCUAAUAGGGGAAGGAGGGUAGGGGACGCUGGCUCUCACCUGGGCCUUUGUUAAAUAGCCGCGCAAAAACUCCCCCACCCCAAACCACAAGGGGGCGAUGAUCUGGUGUUUGAACCUCAUGUUUACUUCACAUUAACAACGCACACACAUACACAAGGAGGUAAACUCUGACACUUGGUCGGGGGUCGGAGAGGAGGGUGUGGCGGAGCAGUUGGGGGUAGUUUUGGAGGUGUCCAGAGUUGGCGUCGUAAGUCAGUGAGUUAGUACGGCUUCUUGUGUGGCAUGAGCAUCGCCCUUGGCACUGGUGCCGCUCCCAUCAUUCAGUCCACAAGAAGCCACCGAGUGGGCAUUUUUUGAAUACUUGGUCAGAGCAAUAAACACUGGCUUUUUUAUUGUUAUUAUAGAGCAGAGAUGGGGUGAGGGAGGGCUGUAGGUUAACGUUAUCAGCAUGCUAGCAGAAAAGGACUGAAACGGCUGCAUGCUGCUCCGCAUACUCUUCUCACACGAAAUGCACAUUUCUAUAUUUAUAUGAGAACUGACUAUAUCUGAUAAAAGGAAGUUACGGCUCGGUUAUUGGCGAGCAGCACCUGGUCUUACUGUUUGUAGCUUUCGUAGGCCUCGACAGCUGUCAGUGUCUUGUUACGACAGGGCAAAACAGAAACAAAAAACUUCUUUCGCUUUUGUCUCGUCUUGUCACAAGUCAUUGAUGCUGGCUUUUGGUCUUUCAAAUGUGUAAAAUCAGGGCGAGGUGUGUUUUUGUACAUCAACACGUGUAAAACAAAAUGGCUUUCUAUGGAGCUUACAGGCAGAACAUGCUUUGUGCAAAACAAAAAAAAGUGACUACCCAGCCUCUAGCUGGUUGUUGAAAAUGAAAUGACGUGAAGUGAGGCCCUGGCCAUUUUCAUAGCUUGAAUAUCAAGAGUUUGUUAUAAGCCUGGAGCGACGCGGCCCACGGACAGAAAGAAAGAAGUCGGAGUUAGCAUUAGCUUUUAACAUUAGCAUGGAACUCAGUGCGCACAUCUCAGAGGCUUCAUUCUCACAGGGCUCUCAGCACAUAGAUUUAAAUAUAUAUAUAUUUCAUAUGUUUUUAGCAAAAUGCAUAUUAUAGAUUUUACUACACCUUUUAUGAAGAAGAAAAAAUACUUAGUAGAUUCCAUGAAUGCUUUGUUGAGCUCUCAGAUUUUAAUUUUAAGGUAUAAAAUUGCUCUUAGAAACAUAUAUGAAUAUAUAUUAAGUCUGUUCACUGACGAUAUUGUAAGAUGGUCCUGUGAUCAUCGGUUGAGAAAAACUGGACCUAAAAAAAGCUGCCUUCAGCUGUGUGUGUGUGACUGAGUGAGUGUGCUUUUUUGCUCGCAUGCAGCUGAGCUUUGUGUGUGUGCGUGUGCGUGUGUGUGUGUGAGCAAGUAUGCAUGGUUGGGUGAAUGGGUCCCUGGCCUGGAAAGGCAAGAUGUCAUCGAUGUUGUGUUAAGCUUUUCUCUGCGUGUGUCCGUGUGUGGGAGGGGGGUGGUAUUUCCCACCUCCCGACAUAAUUCCCUGACCUGUGAACUAUGCACAGACCUUCAGUCUUCAAAGGCCAUGACGGCACCUUACACACACACCCUGCACCUGCAUCCUGCUGUCCUUCACCAUGUCUAUCCCUAUUCUCCUCUAAUGCGCUGUCUAGGGUGAACACAGCAUAGUGACGCUCCCCUCUGCUGAACGUUGAGGGUGGACACUACUGAUGCUGGUCCCUGCUACUGAAAGUUUGUCCCAGUUGGUGUACUGUCUCUCUGGGUUGUGCAUAUGUUAGACCCACAGAUUUCCCUUUUUAUAUGAAGUUUGUCUCUUGUGGUGGCAUUGGUUAGUCAGUCUUGUGUUCGCAGCCCGUACUCCAGUCUGCCCAGCAAUGUCCCCCUCUUGUCUGUGUCCAGUCCCAUCCCUCCGCUGGCCCCUUGUCUCUUGAGCGCUGUGCAGUGUUCUGACAUGGCUGAGCUGUGCUGAAAGAGGGGUGCUCUGCUCGCACUCUGAAUGAGUUUGCUCUGUGUGUACUGUCCGCCUGGCCCCGCCUUUUGUGUGGCGCGACACUGGCGAACCCUCUGGAAAAGAUUGCCCCUCACCGCAGCCCACCCCCCCGAAACCCACUCGCCCGCCCCGGUGGCAAUCUCAUGCCACCCGCUUCCACCGCCUUUUUUUCUGCGAGUCUCAUGCAGCACCCGGAUUGGCUGUCAGCUGGGACCCUGAGGGCUGGUGUGCGUGAGAGAGAGGGAGGAAGAGGAAGGGGUUGGGGUGGUCAGGAGAGGAGGAGAGGGGGCGUUAUCAAGGGACCACUUCUCACUGGUUUUGGGGGCCUGGAUGGGGGUUGGGUGGUGGUAACAACAUCAUUUGGAUUUGGUUGGGGUGUUGAAACGCCUGUUGACAAUUUUGGCGUUAUGUGUUAGUCAGAGGGUGUCGUCUUUUUUAUUUUAUUUUCUUAUCAAGGGAAAUAUCGAAACAGUGCUUGAUAUGAGACGGAUGUAUUGACUUCCUGAACAUGCUAAUACCAUACAGUACAGUAGACUUGGGUCUGGUUUACCCAGCAGGUCGUCAUUGACACUUGUGGGUCAAGUGUCCACAGUAGAGCUAGGCAUUACUUUCUAGUGGUCAGAGUUAAGCAUUUCAUUUUGGGGACUUUGCACCGAGUGAGAGAGAGAGAGUAUAGAAUCUAAGUCAAUCUAGUUCCUCCUGUCCUUUCAUGUCACCUCCUGCCUAGUGGUGUGAGGCCCAACAUCAUUUAUGAUCAAAGGUUUUAUUCAAUAUCUUGAAAAAUGUUAUUCAAACGCCAUUCUCUGCAAUUGGUAUGUUGAAUGGGGGAGGGCCCCCAAAAAGUUGCUCUGCCUAGGCUAUCAGCGAGGUAACUUAACUGUUUCGUCAAAGGAGGCCAGAAGAAGAUAAUGGGAGGACAUAGAUUGACUUCUAGACAAAGUCACGUUUGAGGAGUGAGAUGUCAUAGCAUGCAAACACACAUAUCCUGAUAAUCAUUUUUUAUUGUUAGAGUUAAUUAAUUUUUUAACAGUAAUAUAUAAAGUCUUAUGUUUUAGUCUCACUAGAGGCAUCCUCUCUUUGCUCAGGGUUUGGUGAAGAAGAUGUUAACAUGUUUGUUCUCCUAGAGAUUUAUUUUUUUGAGAAAAAAAAGUUGAAACUGUGAGUAAAAGAUUAAAAAAAAUCUGAAUCUCUUAAAAAAAAAAAAAAGAAAUUACCUGGAAUGACACGCUAUAAUAUGUUUUCCUGCUCUUUCCUCUAAUUUUUAGGAUGAAGGCAUUCUGACAUGGCUUGUGAUAUUGCAGCCUUAAGGGUUGGUAGACCAAAGAUUGUCAGGCACUUUAAUCAGUAAUAAUAAUAAUAAUAAUUAAAUAAUGUAAAAUAAACACAAACAUAAUUCAAGAACGUUGAUGAGAUUGGUAAGAUUUUUGUUGUUGUUAGCUUCUCUCUCUAUGUGUCCAUGUUGGCAUGGUCUCUCGUCACUGUUGUUGCUAGAGUGGAAUUUCCUAUGGGGUUCUGAAGUCUCACAUGUCACCCGGAGGAAAAGAAACGGCAGUGGUGCAUUCAUGGGCACCUGAUUAGCCCCAAUAUCAUUUGGUUGUUAGACGUCUCACAUAUAAAUAUAUCUAGACGUGACUGCGCCCCAUCAUUCCUUUAUUGUUGCUUUUUGGGGCUGAGAGUGAUUAGCCAGCGUUAAGGAGUGAGAGAAGAAGAGCAAAGUACGAAGGUUUAGAAUAUUUAAGCUGAAGUGAACAGGAGGCGACAAUUGGCAAACGGAGACGCACACACACAUGCAAGUGGGUGUCCACUUUUGUGUCCAGGUUAUGUGCUGAAAGUCUGGACAUUAAAAACCAAAUUUAGAAUCCAGUGCCUUGUGUUUAAAUCUCUCUGUAUUUCCCACAAGCGCAGCACAAAACCAGAGUGUUUCAAACAGGCAAGUGAUGUUUACAGCUCAUGGCCGCGUUUCUACUCUUGCACGAGAUGUGAUUUCCCGGGCAGUUUACUGUGCAGUUUACCUUUAUUAAAGAUGACCAAGAUUAGAUUCACACUUGUUGACAUCUUGAAUUGUGUUGACUAACAACACUGGUGUUGGGCACUGUCCAUGAUCUAUCAGGACUUGAUCACACGACUAGAGAUUAGAGACUAGUUUAAAAAUGAUCACUUAAGUUAUUCCCCUCAGAAUCACCUUGAUGUUCCGUUUUGCUAUGGAGACUGUGCUCAGCCACAGUAUGUCUCCGUUCAUCUUUACUCCAGAUCAUAAAGAAGUCCUUGGGGGGCGUAUUUCAAGAACCUUGCUCAGCAGUAAACCAGGUUAAGUUAACCUUGAGAUAGUGGUAAAUCAUUCAACAGAACAGCCCAGAGUCCUCAUUUUCUUCGCUAAAUGACACCUGGAGGCUAUCCAUUUUUUAAGUACGUUAACUUAGCCAGGUAUAUAUCACUUAACCUUGUUCUUGGAAUACCCCUCUUGCCAUCCUUAAGCUUGGCCUGUACAGUAAACGAUCCUGAAAGUUCAACACUGAGCAUCCUAACAUCCUAGCACUCACCACGCAUCAUUCUCACAAGUAGCAGCAGACAAAACCUCACUGAUAAGCUAGCACCUGUCGCAAACCUCUUUACAGACUCUUAACAUCUUGAGAAUCAUUUAGGCUUUGAGAAACAUUUUUACGUUCAGAAUUUGUUUGCUGUGUGUAUGAUAUUUGAUUAAUGAUGUUGAAAUGAAGGAACAGGCUGUGUCCCAACACUGUAGAUUCCAUUUGAUCACACCACCCCCCCCCCCCCCUCAUUAUUUUAUAGAUUUACGGAAAGCUCCAUUACAUAGUGGUAAUGAUAAUGAUCUACUUUUCAACUGAUCAUCUCCCUCAUUCCAUUUUCAGAUACUGACAUUAGUCUGUAAAUUUCACCUUGGGGAAAAAAAUGCUGGGGUAUUGACUAAGAACACAUUGGUGUGGCACAUUGACACUACUUGCGUUAUCUCAGCAAAGUUGGGACACAGCCUUUAAGUCCAUGCUAAAGUUUCCUGGCUGGCCCUUUCUUGUCACUUUUCUCAGCUGUGGUUAUGUUCACGCAGCUUGAUCACAACCUUUAACACUCCCUGCCUCCUUAUUUUUGAUAAGCGUCUGAUGAUUUUUUUUUCUCAUAUAUUUAUAUAUCAACAGAUAUAUACAUUAAGGAGGGGUUCUUCUCUUUUUGUUUGUUUGUAGUGUGACCUUUCUUUUUUGUUUUCCUGAAAGAGACCUGGCUAUUGACUGAAACUAACCUAAAUGUUUGAUUGAGAGGAAUUUAUUUUGUUGCAACUUGUGAAUCCAGACACUGUUAGGAGAAAAAAUAAAUAAAUCUGAGUGGGUGAAUCCUUUUAAA